CGGAACUUGAUCAAACUCAAACACAUUGCUAUAUUGGAUGAUGGUGAUUUCAAUGUGCUGAAUCUAGUUUUAAAAUCAAAGCUAGCGGCAGCUGAAGCUAAAAUGAAUAAGGAUAAGAAUGAAAAUGCUGCUAACAAAAGAUAUAAUAACUAUGACAGAGGUUCAUCUACCAGAGGUUCCCCAGCUUCAAGGAGAAGUGAACCUGUCAAGAAACAAGUGAAACCUGUGAUAAAAAGAAAAUUAUUGCCACACAAUGAAAUCGAUGAAGACAUCGAUGAUAAUACAAAGAAGUCAUCAUCUCGACAACAAGAGUUUGACAUGAUGUCAAUAAAUUCAUCGGAGAGAAAUCAUGUCGAGAAAUCGUCUGGUUCAAGAUUUUCAAGACAGUCAAAAGUUGUUGCAUUCACACCUAAACAAGAUGCUUAUCUGUUAUGUGGUGCGAGACAUCUAGGCAUGAGAUGCGGAAAUGUUAAAGGGAUAUUCAAUUUCAAUUCAAAUAUUACUACAACUGAUAUGCGAACAGGUUAAUAGUUACUU